AUUGUAUGUUUAUAAAUUUAGUGAUUGCUCGGCGACGAUCGAAUGCACUUCUCGGUAUUCGCAAGUGCAUUUUUUAAGUCAACUAAGAGACAGGAAAUAAUCGCCAACCGCUACCAUGACGAUUUCGUGGAGCCGUAUGGUACUGGGGGCAUCUCUCUUAGUGCUCUUCAUCAUCUACUUGAUAUAUCGUUACAUGACGAGGAAUUUUAACUACUGGAAAAAUCGAGGUGUUAUAUUUGUUCCUCCGUCUCCAUUUUUAGGAAACUUUGGUGAAUUUUUAUUGGGAAAAAAAUCAGUCGCGAAUUUUACAAAAGCAGUUUAUAAUUAUGCGCCUAAUGAACCGUAUGUUGGAUUCUUCGGGUUCGAUAAGCCAAUGCUGAUGAUUCGUGAUGUGGGGCUGAUUAACCAAAUACUUGUCAAGGAUUUCAAUUAUUUUGAUGAUCGAUUUGUCAACGCUGGGGCCCAUGACAUUCUAGGGAAUUCCAAUUUGUUUGUAUUGAAAAAUCCCGCUUGGAAAAUUCUGAGGAAAAAUCUCACGCCGAUUUUCACAUCCGGAAAGUUGAAGGAGAUGGUGAAACUCAUUAAAGAAGUGGGUGAAGAUCUCAUUACCCACAUGGAACAUCAACAUUUAGAAGAAUCCGGACAAGUACUUGAAGUGAAAGAAAUUUGUUUAUUAUUCACUAUUGAUAUGAUUGCAACAACGGCAUUCGGGGUGCGAGCCAACUCGUUGAACAAUCCCACUGCUGAUUUUGGGAGGAACUCAAAAGAGAUGUUCAGGGAAACUUUAUACCGUAGUAUUGAGCAGAUUUCUCUGUUCUUUGCCCCCGCCCUAAUGACGCCCCUGCGCUUCCACCUGUUUCCGAAAAACUUGGGUGAAUUCAUGCGCAAAGUCAUUUGGGAUGCUAUCAGUGAACGUGAGAAAUCCGGCAUUCAGAGACACGAUCUCAUUGAUCUUCUGAUUGAGUUGAAGAACCAAAAGCCAGAUGAAGCAGAAGAAACAAUUUUUGAAUUCCAGGGUGACACUGUCGUAGCUCAGGCAGCCCUGUUCUUCGUGGCAGGAUUCGAAACUUCCUCCUCUACCAUGAGCUUUGCCCUCUACGAAUUGGCUGUAAAACCGGAGAUUCAAAAUCGUCUGCGAAGGGAAAUAACUGAUGCGAUAGAACGAAAUGGGGGUAGAAUCACCUAUGAUCUGAUUAUGCAGCUGCCUUAUCUAGACAUGGUGGUAUCAGAAACUCUUCGUAAAUACCCACCCCUACCGCUCCUGGAUCGGCUCACGCGUACGGACUAUCGAGUUCCUGGAACUGAUCUCAUAAUCGAAAAAGGAACUCCCGUUUAUAUCUCCCUAACAGGUCUCCACAGUGAUCCUAAAUACCAUAAUAAUCCGGAGGAGUUCGAUCCUGAAAGAUUCUCAGACGUCAACAAGCACUCGACCAAAAGGGGGUGGAACCCCUUCGGAGAGGGCCCGCACAGUUGCAUCGGUCGAAGACUGGGAUUAUUGCAAUCGAAAUUGGGAAUCAUCGAGAUGUUGCGCAACUACCAGUUCACCCCCUGUGAAAGGACUCCUAUCCCAAUGGUAUUGAGCAAAAAGGGCCUGACCAUGCGCCCCAGGGGAGGAUUGUACCUUCACGUGAAAAAAAUCCACCCACACAUUCACUCCACUUAAUAAUGUUAGAACGACACUUUUUUACAGUCGCCUCUGUGUCCUUACGUCUUCGUAUUAUUUUUUUUACCUAUGUCGAGCGCCUAACAAGCGCCUGUUAUGCAUUGCGGAUGACAUUACCUGAUAUUAGAAUAAAUUAGUAUUCAUUAAUAAAGAAAAGCUCUAAUUA